GUGGGGUUCGGUUUCGUGUCUUUGCUGGGUGUGGUGGACUUGCUGCUCCUGUAGCACUUCUCCUCACCCCCACCUCCCUCUAAGCAUCUUCUUCUAAUCUCUUGCUUUGCAUCUGUUCUCGUGGGGAGCAACCAGAAGUAAGAGGAGAAAACAGAGCUGCAAUAUCAUCAUCUGGGUUCUCACAGAUCCAAUCCUCCUGGCCUUCUCUCUGUUGCUUUUUUGGUUUGCAGUUUGAUUUUGAUGGACUGGAGUCCGAAUAGUGAACGGAAUCCAAGCUGUGGAACUUUUUGGUGGAGCUCGGGAUCAGACUUGUGGAGCUGGGCGGCUCGAAGAAGUGAGCUUAUUUUUGUAGCUAUCGACACCAUGGGAGGGCUAUGCUCGAGGAGAUCCACUGUAGAUAAUGCUCCCAGUGGAAGUUCCUCUCAUAUCAAUGGUCAGCUUCUUGAUCAUGGGUCUGGUGAGGUUUAUCAGUCCCAUGACUCCCAUGAAUUGCGGUUGAAGGAGGGUAAUAACUUGAUUCCCCCAUCCAGUGAGGAAGGCAUGGAGAAGCAGUUACGAGAAUUUUCGUUUCCAGACCUGAAGACCAAUCCGGAUGAUGUAAUUGAUGAUGGGAUUCCCCGGUUAUCCAGGUCUCUGUCUCGCGAAUCUAGAUCAACAAAGUCCAAGCAGGUGACAGUUGCAAAGGUUUCAGAAGUUGGCUCACGUUUGGGUAGAGUUGGUACUGCCGGGCUUGGCAAGGCAGUGGAGGUCUUGGAUACACUUGGAAGUAGCAUGACAAGUUUGAACUCAAACAGUGGAUUUGUCUCGGGUGUGGCAACAAAAGGCAAUAAGAUCUCAAUUUUGGCUUUUGAGGUUGCAAACACAAUUGUUAAGGGUGCGAAUCUUAUGCAAUCACUUUCAAAGGAAAACAUAAAACAUUUGAAAGAAGAGGUACUUCCUUCAGAAGGUGUUCAAAAUCUAGUAUCGAAAGAUAUGGAUGAACUCCUAAGGAUUGCCGCUGCUGACAAAAGGGAAGAAUUAAAAGUUUUCUCAGGAGAAGUGGUUCGUUUUGGAAAUCGAUGUAAAGAUCCUCAGUGGCACAAUCUGGACCGUUACUUUGAGAAGCUGGCUGCAGAAUGUACACCACUAAAGCAAUUGAAAGAAGAAGCAGAAGCAGUGAUGCAGCAACUGAUGAUCUUGGUUCAAUAUACAGCUGAAUUAUACCAUGAGUUGCAUGCCUUGGACAGAUUUGAACAAGAUUAUCAGCGUAAGCGUCACGAAGAGGAUAAUACAAAUGCUUCUCAAAGAGGAGACGGCCUUGCAAUUUUGAGACAGGAGUUGAAGAACCAGAGGAAGCAUGUAAAAAGUUUGAAGAAGAAAUCGCUAUGGUCUAAGAUCCUGGAAGAGGUGAUGGAGAAGCUUGUAGACAUUGUUCACUUCUUACAUCUAGAGAUCCAUGAUGUCUUCGGCAGUGCUGGUGGAGAUAGACCAGUGAAAGGUUUUCAGACUAACAAUCAAAGAUUGGGUUCUACUGGUCUUGCUUUGCAUUAUGCAAAUAUAAUCUCUCAAAUUGAUACACUUGUUUCCCGUUCAAGUUCUGUGCCUCCAAAUAGCAGGGAUACAUUAUACCAAGGACUGCCACCAAGUAUAAAAUCGGCCUUACGCUCCAAGUUGCAGUCAUUUCAGAUCAAAGAAGAGCUCACUGUUUCACAAAUCAAAGCUGAGAUGGAGAAAACUUUGCAGUGGCUUGUUCCAAUUGCCACUAACACAACAAAAGCCCAUCAUGGUUUUGGUUGGGUUGGCGAGUGGGCAAAUACAGGGUCUGAGGUUAACCGAAAGCAAGCUGGGCAAACUGACUUAAUUCGGAUGGAGACACUUCACCAUGCUAAUAAGGAGAAGACCGAAGCUUAUAUGCUUGAAUUGGUAGUGUGGCUUCACCAUCUCAUCAGCCAAUCAAAAUCUGGGCCCAAUUGUGGCAUAAGGUCUCCCAUUAAAUCCCCAAUCCGCUCUCCUACGCAGAAAACAAUUCCACUGCCCACACACAAGCCAAAUGCUCCAUCGCUUUCCCUUACUGUUGAAGACCAGGUGAUGCUGCGUGAUGUGAAUAAAAGGAAACUGACUCCAGGAAUAAGUAAAAGUCAGGAAUUUGAUACUGUAAAGACCAAGUUAAGCACAUACAAUAGGCUGAGCAAGAGUAGUAGUCACUCACCAACGAAUGAAAGCGAGAAGGAAUUCUUCCCCAUUACGAGGUCAUCUGCCCUUCCUGCGAUCGAUUUAGAUAUUGACAGGAUCAAGGCUUUGGAUGUCAUGGACAGAGUGGAUACACUAAGAAGUUUGUAAUAUCUGUUGAUGAUCAUGGAAAAGAUGGGAUGAGUGAAAGGGCUGCUUGUGCAUGGAUGUAUGUAUGUAGAUUGUAAGCAUCUGUCAUGAUUAUCACAAUUCACAUCUGAGCCAAGUAGUGAUGUGGGAAUGGAUUGGAGAUCCC